CAACCAUUCUCCCUCCCUACUUUCUACAAACUCCCUCCCCUCCCCCUUGCCGGGGCCUUUAAAGAUUUCUGGUGUCUACAACUCCAGCAGAGGCAGCGAACCCUCAGGUGGUUCAUGAAACCAGGAAUCGAGGACCCUCUAAGGGGUCACAUAUGGCCUACCCUUGUGGUGGCCAUCGCCAUUCUCAUGGUGAGUGACAAUGUAGCCCUCGUCUCCGGUGAACCACCAUACGUUUAUGCCUCUCCACCGGCUCCAUCGAUGUUGCCUCCCCUGCCAUAUUUAUACAAGUCGCCGCCGCCGCCACCAUACCAUUACAAGUCUCCACCUCCACCAUUUCCGUCACUGCCACCACCUUACUACUAUAAGUCACCACCUCCUCCCUCACCAUCUCCGACGCCACCCUACUACUACAAAUCACCGCCACCUCCAUCUCCUUCUCUGCCUCCACCAUACUACUACAAGUCUCCACCUCCUCCUUCACCGUCACCACCACGACCUUACUAUUAUAAGUCACCGCCACCUCCUUCUCCCUCGCCUCCACCACCUUAUUAUUACAAGUCUCCACCGCCACCUUCUUCUUCUCCCCUCCCACCAUACUACUACAAGUCCCCUCCUCCUCCUUCUCCCUCACAUCCAACGCCUUACUAUUAUAAGUCUCCACCACCACCGGCGAAAUCUCGGCUGCCACCCUACUACUAUAAGUCACCACCACCACCGGCUAAGUCUCCCCCUCCGCCAUACUACUACGUGUCUCCACCACCACCAGUAAAGUUUCCUCCUUCACCAUACUACUAUAAAUCUCCGCCGCCACCUUACCACCGUGGGCUUGUCGUUAAGGUGGUCGGAAAGGUCUAUUGCUACAAAUGCUACAAUUGGGAACACCCAAUGGAGUCAUACCGCAAGAAGCUCUUGAAAGGCGCCGUGGUCAAGGUGACGUGCACGGCCGGCGACAAGGGGUUCGUGUCAUUCGGCCAAACAAGCAGCCAUGGUGUCUACGGCGUCGCUGUUGAAGGCUUCCCCUACUGGAAGCAUGGAUUCAAGGCCUGCAAGGUUGAGCUCCACGCUGCACCCAUGGACUCCACUUGCACCAUGCCAACCAGCCUCAACAUGGGCGACAAGUUGAAGGUUCACUCCACCUCCCAUGACGAGGUGGUCCUCAAGGCCAAGCCAUUGGCUUUCGCUCCCAUGAAGCCUUCCAAGGAGUGCAAAAAGCACCACCACAACAAGCCACCAAGCCCUGUCUGCAAGCCUCCAUCCUCACCAUCCCCACCCAUUUACUUCUACAAUUCGCCACCCCCACCGUACUACUAUGCGUCGCCACCUCCACCAUCAUAUUACUACAAGUCUCCACCGCCUCCGGUGAAGACGUUGCCGCCAUACUAUUACAAGUCUCCACCACCACCAGUGAAGUCUCAACGACCUCCUUACUACUACAAGUCCCCUCCUCCACCUCUGAAGUUACCACCAGCUCCCUACUACUACAAAUCCCCGCCCCCACCAGUGAAGUCUCCACUGCCACCAUACUAUUACAAGUCUCCACCCCCACCAGUGAAGUCGCCUCUACCACCAUAUUACUACAAGUCUCCACCACCUUAUUACUACAAGUCCCCCCCCCCACCAUCACCAACUCCUUCCCCUUACUACUACAAGUCGCCACCUCCUCCUGUGAAGACACCAUCUCCUUACUACUACAAGUCUCCACCACCACCAUCGCCAAUUCCUCCUCCUCCAUACUAUUAUACUUCUCCACCACCACCCUCAUAUUCUCCCCAUCCUCCCUACUUCUACAGUUCACCACCUCCUCCUAAGAAGUCGCGACCACCUUCUUACUAUUACAAGUCUCCACCACCACCCUCUCCAUCUCCACCCCCUACAUACUACUACCAAUCUCCACCACCACCCUCUCCUUCUCCUCCUCAUCCAUACUACUACAAGUCCCCACCUCCUCCUGUAAAGUUUCCAUUACCUCCCUAUUACUACAAGUCUCCACCACCUCCAUCCCCAUCCCAACCUGCUCCCUACUACUACAAGUCCCCACCACCACCAUCCCCUUCUCCACCACCUCCCUACCACUACAUGUCCCCACCUCCACCAGUGAAGUCUCCUCCGUACUACUACAAUUCCCCACCACCUCCAUCCCCAUCUCCUCCAGCUCCUUAUUACUACAAGUCUCCACCACCUCCCUCACCAUCUCCUCCAUCUCCUUACUAUUACAAGUCUCCACCACCACCCUCGCCAUCUCUUCCUCCUCCCUACUACUACAAGCUACCACCUCCUCCAUUCCCAUCUCCUCCUCCCCGCUACUACUACAAGUCACCACCUCCACCAUCACCAUCUCCUACACCUCCGUACUUCUACAAGUCCCCACCCCCACCAUCCAUGUCUCCCCAACCUCCCUACUACUACCAGUCCCCUCCUCCCCCAGCACCAUCAAAACCUCCUUCCUACCUCUACUCCUCCCCGCCACCACCAAUCCAUUUCUAAGCACAAACCCAUCAAUGGCCUCUUCCCUUCUUCACCCAAGUUCUAGGUCCAGUGAUAUAUGCGAGAGUCUUUCAUGUUCCUCUAAUAAUCUCCUGCACAGUGCAAAGAUCAGAACUCCUUCACUUUAUGAUGCAAAUCCUGGGGCUUUGUUGGCGACCUUCUUUCAUAUUAUGGUAUUGGCUAGUUUUGUUACCAGUAGAGAGUUUGAGCAAAGGUCUUCAAGUAGAAGCAAGAGAAGAAGGUAGAAGUAAUAGUUUGGGUGGUUAUUGUUUCCACCUUUUAGCGUCUCCUUGGCAAUGGACGUAUUCUUGUAUUUGUUGUAUGUAUAGCUCUAUUUGUUUGGUCUACUGUUUCCCAGGCUACUAAAGCUUUUGCUACUGGAAAAUAAAUAAAGACCUUUCCUUGUCUCC